GUCAAGUCCCUCAACGGGGAGAUCCAGAGAAAUGGCUCCACCCAUCCAGAACUGCACACUCCUUUCAUCGCUGUCCAGGGCGCCGCCGAGCCGCUGAAGGCCGCCAGACGCCUCGGGGAGGUGGAGGCCCUGCUUUCAGGCGAAUGGUGUGUGUCCGUGGAGCUGCAGAAGCCCCGC